CAUUCACAGACCUCAACGCAGGUUGGAGGGUGAGCAUCAUCAUCCUCCAUCCAAACACACGCAGAGGGAGGGAUACCUUCGGUGUGUUGAAUUUAUUUCUGCCCUCUUCCCCUCCCUCUGGCUGCUGCCGCUGCUGUUGUAGCCGCAGCGUCAGACAUCAGGACGGAGGGAGCAGAAGCCAUAAGAUGAAGAAACGCUAUGUGGACGCGAACAGGCUCCGGAAGAUGAGAAGACUGAAAAUCACGGAGAAGCUGUCUGAGAGUGCGUACACCUUCCUGAAAUUCAUGGUGAUGUGGACGCUGGUGCUGCUGGCAGACUUCAUCCUUGAAUUCAGACUGGAGUAUUUGUGGCCAUGCUGGCUGUUCUUUGGGAGUGUGUACACCACUUUCCACUGCCACGGCCUGGUUAUUUGUGUUGUUUUUGUUUGUGCCGCCUUCACACUGGACAUCUUUUGUUUAAUUUUUGUUCCUUUGCACUGGCUGUUUUUUGUGGCGAGCACCUACGUAUUAUUCAACUAUAUAUGGCACACAGAGAAAGGCAUCUGUAUAUCAACGGUGUCCCUGUGGAUUCUGCUCGUCUACACUGAGGCUUCGCUUCGACUCAAAGAUCUUAAUACCUCUCAUCCCAACCUGUCUCAUCUUUUUGCUGCACAUUGUAUCGGCUAUCCUGUUGUUUAUCUGGGGUUUGAUGCCACCUGCUACUUCACCAACAUUUUCAAGCUGCGCAUACAGAAAGCCGUGCAAAGCGAGAAUGACUUUCACAUGCACCUCCUUCAGCACUCGCUCCCACCAGGCCUGCAGGUUUACUCCAAAACCAGCACAGAUGGCAGCAGCAGCACCUCUAAGUGGAAGGUCAAGCCUGAGCCCGGUCAGUAUCAGUGUCAGAACGGUGCCAUGGUCACCCAUGAUGACGCACACAUCGCCGACUGCCUGCAGAUCCGCAGUGAGGAGCGAGCGGCUGAGAAGGCAUCACAGGAGGUGAGGUCGGCCGAGCCGAGCCGACGACCGCCACCACCGUCGUCAUCUAAAAACCUUGUGGCUGAGUCCAAAGAUCAGCUUCACAGUGGGGAAGGAGGACCAGAGUCCAUUACCCCGGAAAAUCUACCUCAAGAGGAUCAGGGAAGCAAAGCCACCCGAGCUGCCAAGAGCGCCUCCCCCAAAGCCCGCAGAAGCAACACAAACACUCCUUCACCUCCUGCAGGGAGGCCCGAGAAAAAACAGAGGACAAACUCAAAAACAAUCAGCCCCAACAGGGACGCAGCAGACAAGAGCGCCACAGCGAUACACAAUUAUCACACAGAACAAAUCAGCAAACUUGACGGAGAACUGCGGAGGCUGAAGGGGGAGCUGCAGACAAGCAGGCAGAGUGAACAGGAGCUGAGAAGUCACAUCUGUAACCUGACCAACAACGAGAGGAGCCUGAGGCCGGAGGUCUCCCUCCUCAGACAGUCCAACAUGCUGCUGCAGAGCAAGAUUCUGUGCUUGACUAAAACCAAGCAGAGGGACAAACAGACCUCAGCGCUGCUGGAGAAAAAGACCAGAGCUGAAGCAGAGGGUCGACUCUCCGCUGAGAAGCAGCUGGCUGAGCUUCAGGCUCAGAAACUGGAGGAGGCGGCGAAUGCCGCACGGACCCUGACCAACAGGCAGGAACACUGUGAAACCCAAAUGUUGAGGAAAAGAGUUAAAGAUCUAGAAACAGAGUACAAACAACUGCAGCUGGAGUAUCAAGUGAAAGAGAGCCAUGUGGUAGAUCUAGAGAGAGAUAUCGAGGCUUUGGGGAAGUACCGUUGUGUGGAGAAAGAGACAGACAUGCUGCUCUCCACGUUAUCAGCCAUGCAGGAAAAGGCUCAACAUCUGGAGUACAACCUGAGCGCUGAGACGCGUAUCAAGCUGGACCUUUUUUCUGCUCUGGGUGACGCCCGCAGACAGCUGGAAAUUGCUCAAGAGAAAGUGAAGAAGCAGGACAGGGAGAUCCGCGAAAUGAAGCAGAAGAUUGCCGAGGUGAUGGCGGUCAGCCCCGGCGUGUCAUACGUGGCUCCGCGGCCCCAGGUACCUCAGUAUCUCACCAAGCUGCUCAACUCUGAGCGCUACAUGCUGAAUCCACGAGCGCUGAUGUACCAGUGUUUGAAAAAAUAACAAAAAAGGACCAAGUGGAUCCCUGAUGCAUUCUCAGCCUUCCUUGCCAGGACCAGAAGAGUUUUUUUCGUGUUUUUUUUUCCCAAGUACAGAGCUAAAGCAACGCGGUGAAGACGCCUGCGUCCGGUUACCAGUGGAAACAGCUACAAACCUCCUAAAGUCCAAUGCCUUCAGCUGCACUGUUGGUGCUAACUUGGUGUUAUUCAUUAUAUUUCCUGUUCUCCUCCCAUAUCAGAAAAUUUCUCUUACAAAAGCGAGGUAUUUUAUAUGCAGAGCUGCUAACGGCGGCGUCGUAUCCAUCUUCAUUAAAUGAGAGAAGCACAACAUCGUUGCUUUUUCAGGCCUUGCAGAUGAACAAACCUUUAGGUCUGGCGUUUGAUGUGGAUGUUCAAUUGAAAUGACAACAAAAGAGUAGAAUACACAGAAGAAAGUACAUGUCUGAGAAAGAGAUGCAAAUUUUGUCAUUAAUCAUUAAUUUUUGGUAAUUAAAUUCAAUAAAAUGAAGUACAUAGAACAAAAAAGGAUUCAGUGAAAUUAAAUUUAAACCAUUUUCGGAGGUACUGUUUAUGAAUAAUAAUAAUUAUUUGGUAAAAUCAGAGGUUUUCCCCACUCAAUAAAUUGAAUCCUUUUUCUAACAUUUUUUGCUGCACAAAAUAUUUAUUACAAUUUUUUUACACAUCCAUCAGGGGUCCUAAGAAAUGUGGAGGCACUGCUAUCUGACAACAAUUGUAUGUUUUACGCUUUAAAGAGUGCCAAAUCUGACAUAUUGCAACUCAAUUUUUAAUUCAACUGCACUAUUAAAUAGGCAAGCUAAAGAAGUAUGUAAAAGUGUAUUUGUUCUUCUGAAUAAUUAAUGAGAACGUUCUGAUUUAGACCGUUUGAUGAAUAAAAGAAACAGUACAGAUGCCAAUAUUAAAGCUGUCUUUUAAUCUAAAGUCCUACUACAUGUGCGUUUUUAGGACAGAGAAACUAAAGCAGCUGAAUGGAAAUUUAGCCAUAAUUUAACUUCAAGUUUCCAGCUGUGCCACUCUGAUGUAAACAUACAUAUUUGAUGUAUUGGAAAUUUUUAGCCGUAAACAUUUUUUUGUAAAUUAGUUUCAGUUAUGAAAAGUAAAACUAAAAAAAAAAAAGAAAAGAUUUGUUGACUGAAUAGUCAGAGUCCAAAAUUGAUUUAGUUGAUGGACUUUAUGUGAGUUUUCAAUAUAAAAUGUCUUUAUUGGAUAAAAUAUAAAUAAGACGUCCAAACGAUUUACUUUAUAUCUAUGAGAACAUAAAUGUGAUUGAUGAUUAAUUAUUUUUGAAAACAAGCAUGAAACAAGAUGUUCUUGUCAGCUUGUGUUGACUGUAAAUAGAGGAUUAUUUGGAUUGUGCUGAAAUUCAGAUCAAAGUUUUUGUUUUUUAAAUUUAAAAUUACUCAGUGUUUUGGAACGAGACCCUUCAGAUUUGGAAUAUUUCUACGUAACAUAUGUUGGCUUUGUUAUGAAGCUUCCUGGCUGCAGUCUGGGAGACUCUUUGGAGUACUUGAUUGUCUCACUGUUGAAACCCGAAAAAGGAGGAGCGCUAAAAAGAAACUGCAACCCUUGUUUCAGCAGACAUUUUGACACUGGAAGCUCACGGCUGAACUGAACUGAACUGGCUUUUGAAGUUACAAAUGAAAAUGUGUUCACCAAACAUGGCUCACGGAUUUAAUUACUGUGCCUAUAUACGUCACUUUCAAACUGGGAAGUAAAACAAGAAUUUAAUGUGAAUGAGUAAUGUGUUUGAAGUGCUAUGUUCUGUUUUUGUUUGGAUUUAUUUUGUACUCACUGUACAGAACUGAAAAUUCCCACGCAGCUGAGAAACUCAUCGUUGAGACGUGGCCAUUUUGGUAGCUUUUUAUUUACAGUGUCUUUCUAGGGUGUUUUAUAUAAAAGCUAUUUUUUAGUCUUCGCUGUUCUUCUAUUUUAACUGCUGUAAUUUUGUACGGCAACGUGUUUUGUCAGCAUGAAAUGUGUUUUAUCCAAGUGUUGUUUGAGCACACAUUGUGAACUUCUGUACAUGAAUAUUCUUGUACAAGGGCUAACAUUUGUAAACCAUUUUGGAUGAAUAAUUGUUGAAUUCAAACAGUGAUGCUCUGAGGUUAGAGGUUACACUCCUGAUGCACCACGAUGGGGUUUUGUAUAAAUUAUUUAAAAUAUUCAAUUUUGUUCCAUUUGUUUUGUCUUUAUGUAAAUUAUUUCUACUGGCGGACUUGAAGUUUUAAUUUACACUUCAAAAAUAUACCAUCAAAAUGAGUUUUUUUCUGUAGGAUUCCUAAUUCCUAAACAUUUGUCAAUAUUUUUCUUAUUUUAAUUGUAAGUAAUUUCUUACUUCUCAGUUUUCCAUGGAUGGGCAAAUGUUCCACAGUAGUCAAGCUUUUAAUGCAAAAGUGAAUGGAUGGUUGAAACUUGGAUGGAUGGAAAAACCAAGGGGGCAUUGGAUGGUAUAUGAAAAUAUGAAUUGUUAUACAAAUGGAUGGACUUAUGAGAAAAUAGAUGGAUGGAGGACAUAACCAGUUCAUAGAUGCACGAAACAAUAAAAUUGCGGCGCUCAAGUUUGCGGCACAUUGAAGUAGAUCUGUUAGCUUUGCUGUGUAGUAGGAAUGAUUUGUUUCUUCCUACUUUUGCACAGUUGUUAUAAUUAAUUACUAAUUUAGUUGGCAUUUUUUUCCAAUGAUUGAUUAAUCACAAUAAAUUCCAUCAAUUGUUUCACCCCUACUGGAGAUUCAUUCUGCUGAUAUACUUUCAUAUGAAUUACAUUUAAUUUUCUUUUGGGAUACAUAUUCUUGAAUUGACACAUAAGAACAUGGCUGGAUGAUAGAUCAGUCAUUGAUAGAUGGAUAAAACUGACUUUAAAUUCAGAACAGGAUAGUAAAUAAAGUCUGAGAGAAACUG